AUGUGCGAUUCUCGCUGGGUGCGAGGUGGCCGGGUGCCCUUGAUUACGCCGGAGCCCCAGGAGGGUAUUCGACAAUUCCAGACCGGAUGGGUGUGCACUGUGCGUGGUGUCAUGGCAGAGGAGAAUCAUGCACUAAAGGAGCUUGUACCUAAGCAGGCUCUCUUCCGGGACGCAAAGCUACCGGUCAGGUCCGGUCCGCUGAGGCCUGAGCCUCUGCCGGGUGUAGCCUGUAGGUCUGUCCGACCAAUCCCGCAACCGGUGGGAUGGUAUCAUUCCCGCGAGGCGCUCCACGAUAUUAACCUGCGCUACUUUCGAGGCACUCUAUCUCUUCGGGGACCAGCGAAUUAA